GCUCAGCGGUCAGAGGCGAGCUAACAGCUUGGACUUUGGCUCGCUGAGUGAACCCCGUGUUUGCUGUUCCUAGCAGCCUAAUGCAUAGAUACUCACACUAGAUCAAAUCCUCUGAUAUAUAUAUAUAUAUAAGCUGUUUUAUAGCACAUGUUGCAUGAAAGGUGCUGACGCGUCUGUGAGAAACCCUCCGCUGGACUGCUGCGGUGGUCUAAAUAACGUGGAUUUCACCAAGGUUGAUGCCUCAGCCAUGGCUGAUGCACUGCAGCACAUCGAUCUGACGGACGCCCGGUUUUGGGUGGCGGUUGCUGCCAUUGUGUUCAACCCUUUCUUCUGGAAUGUGGUAGCAAGAUGGGAACACCGGACCAGGGUGCUGACCCGGCUCUUCGGGGGUCCAUAUGUGGCCUGCUACUCCCUGGCCUUCCUCAUACUCCUGCUCAAUGUUUACCGCAGUCACAGCAUUACAGCAGCCAUGAAGGCCCAGGCCAGAUGUGAGCUCCUGGAAGCGCUGCCUGUCUUCUAUGUUGGCUCUGUGCUGAUGGCCCUGGGUUCCAUCCUCGUCUUCAGCAGCUUCUUUGCCCUAGGAUUCACCGGAACCUUCCUAGGUGACUACUUCGGCAUCCUCAUGGAGGAGAAGGUGACCGGAUUCCCCUUUAAUGUCACAGACAAUCCCAUGUACUGGGGCAGCACUGCCAACUACCUGGGCCUGGCCCUCAUACCUUUCACGGAGGAAAUCUACCGGCAGAGGAUGCGCUGUGCCAAGCAGGGGUAAGCGCUCUCCAUGUUUGCCCAAGGGAGCAUGGUCCACCCUGGGGCAGAUAAGAGAGCCAGCGAGAGAAGAAGGUGGAGGCGGAAGAGGAGGGGCAGCCCUGAAGGACGCCAGUCGAUAUGAUAGGCGGAGCCAAUGAUUCCUUCUUAAAUCUCCGUUCUGGGCCAUCGCAGUGCUGCAGAAGGAAGCCGAAUUAGAUCCAUCACUCUCCUUUGCAUUCUGUCAGUGUUGUCUUCCGCAGGUGUCACAAAGGAGGAGUCCUGUGGGUGGGUGUGGCUAAAAGCAAUGCAUCAUCAGGCUGUUUUCUGACCAGUUUUUGUUUCUUUAUUUAGUUUCUUACCAGUGUGUUAUAUCCAGAGUGGUGUAAAUGAGACACACUUUCCUCCCAUUUUCCCCAGGAUCUGGUUUCCUCAUCUUUCGUCCUGCAUAGUUCCCUAAAAAGCGUUGGUGAAAAAUCGUGAUGUUAAAAAAAAAAAAAAAAAGUUCCAUUUUGACAUUUUCCUCCUCACAGUUAUAUUUAUAUAACUGCACUCAGCGUUUUUGUUUUAAGUUACUCAAAUUUGAUUAAAAGAAAAUGACAUCCUGUGACUUAGAUGCUUGUGUGUGUUUAUUUGGCUGGGUGUUUGCAGAAACAGUUUAGUAUAAUUACCCAGCAACUUGCUCAGGGGCACUGACAAGUCACCACCUUUUCCUCUGCAACAAUUUGACGAAGCACUCAGGUGGAAAUCGGAAGGAUGCAUUAUUGGUAUUAGGUCAAAAUUGUUCAGAUGGAUUUCAGGUCUGCUCUCUUGUCUUUUUGUUCUUCCGCUUCACAUUAUCUAUUGUGUUAGGCAUGCCGUGAAGAAAAAGACCACCGUCUAGACAUGGGAAGUGCUCACCUUGCCGACAGACAGCCGCCGCAUGUGGUUUGCUUCCGCGGGGGAAUUCACUAUCUUCCUAACGUGGUGAAACAACGUGUUAUAGCGUACGCGACACGAGUGUACCGAAAUCCAUCCCCGGGCCAUGUCUCGCAAUGCUUUCAAAGAGGCCAAACCGCGCUGAUUUGCCCUAAAGCUUUUUUUGUUUUAUUUUGUUAAUGGGAGGGUCACUGGAGGACGUGAUGUGGUUGUCUAUUCACCUCUGCACUUUUGUUCACUGUGCACUUCUCUGUUAACUCCAGUGGCGUAUGUUAAUGAAGGGGGGCGGCAGGUAGCAUAGUGGUUAGAGCCACCGCCGUGAAAUCAGAUUAC